GACAUUUCAUUAUACAGGAAUAACAUACACGUCUACAUUUUUGACGGAUUUCACAGCGGAUUCAUAAAUUUCACGUUUUAAAUGUGUAAUUAAAAUAAAAGCAGCUGUAUAAUGCUAACCAAAUUCGAAACAAAAUCAGCUCGUGUAAAGGGUAUAUCUUUUCAUCCAAAAAGACCAUGGGUACUAGCGAGUUUACACAAUGGCGUUAUUCAAUUAUGGGAUUAUCGUAUGCUAACAUUACUAGAAAAAUUUGAUGAACAUGAUGGACCGGUUCGUGGAAUUUGUUUUCAUAAUCAACAACCAUUAUUUGUAUCUGGGAGUGAUGAUUAUAAAAUUAAGGUUUGGAAUUACAAACAAAGACGUUGCAUUUUCACAUUGUUGGGUCAUUUGGAUUACAUAAGAACCACAUUAUUUCAUCAUGAAUAUCCAUGGAUUGUAAGUGCAUCAGAUGAUCAAACAAUUCGUAUUUGGAAUUGGCAGAGUCGUACUUGUAUUUGUGUUCUAACUGGACAUAAUCAUUAUGUAAUGUGUGCUGUAUUUCAUCCUACUGAAGAUCUUCUAGUAUCUGCAUCAUUGGAUCAAACUGUUCGAGUUUGGGAUAUUUCUGGCUUGCGAAAAAAGAAUGUAUCACCUGGACCUGGUGGACUUGAUGACCAUCUAAAAUCAACUGGUGCACCCGAUCUAUUUGGUCAAGCUGAUGCUGUGGUGAAAUUCGUAUUAGAAGGACAUGAUCGUGGUGUAAAUUGGGCAUGUUUCCAUCCAACAUUGCCACUUAUCGUAUCCGGUGCUGAUGAUCGUCAAAUAAAAUUAUGGCGUAUGAACGACAUGAAAGCAUGGGAGGUAGAUACGUGUCGUGGUCAUUACAAUAACGUGUCAUGUGUAUUGUUUCAUCCACGCCAAGAAUUAAUCCUCUCGAAUAGUGAGGAUAAAAGUAUUCGUGUAUGGGAUAUGAGUAAACGUACAUGUUUACACACGUUCCGUCGUGAACAUGAUCGUUUUUGGGUAUUAUCGGCACAUCCAUCCUUGAAUUUAUUUGCCGCUGGUCAUGAUAGUGGAAUGAUUAUAUUUAAAUUGGAACGUGAGCGUCCAGCGUACUCUGUUAUUGGUAAUUUAUUGUUGUAUGUGAAAGAUCGAUUUUUACGUAAAUUAGAUUUUACAACAUCAAAGGAUGAACCUGUUAUGCCAUUACGAGGUGGUGGGCGAACACCAGUUUAUAGUAUGUCCUACAAUCAAGCUGAGAAUAUUGUCUUAAUUUGCACACGACCAACAAAUACUGAAAAUAGUGGAUACGAUUUAUAUCAAAUUCCUCGCGAUUCAUCUGAUGGACAUAACAAUAAUGAAGUAACCGAUAUUAAACGAUUUAAUGCUGGUUUAACAGCCUUAUGGGUUGCUAGAAAUCGUUUUGCCGUAUUGGAUCGUCAUCAGCAAUUAUAUAUAAAAAAUUUAAAAAAUGAAGUUACUAAAAAGGUUCAAACACCGCCAUGUGAUGAAAUCUUCUUUGCUGGAACUGGUAUGCUUUUGUUACGUGAUCCAGAUUUUGUAACACUAUUCGAUGUACAACAAAAACGUGUAUUGGGUCAAGUGAAAAUUGCAAAAUGUCGUUAUGUAGUAUGGUCGUCAGACAUGUCACAUGUUGCAUUAUUGGCACGACGUACCAUUAUUAUUUGUAAUCGUCGUUUAGAAACAUUAUGUACAAUACAUGAAAGUGAUCGUGUAAAAUCCGGUUCGUGGGAUGACAGCGGUGUAUUUAUUUAUACGACAAGUAAUCAUAUUAAAUAUGGCAUUACUAACGGGGAUCAUGGAAUUAUUCGAACAUUAGACCUACCAAUUUAUAUCACACGUGUUAAAGGAAAUCAAGUGUUUUGUUUGGACCGUGAAUGUAAACCACGUGUUUUAAGUAUUGAUCCCACUGAAUUUAAAUUUAAAUUAGCAUUAAUCAAUCGUAAAUAUGAAGAUGUAUUACAUAUGGUUCGUAAUGCUCGUCUUGUUGGACAAUCGAUCAUUGCAUAUUUACAAAAGAAAGGUUAUCCAGAAGUGGCUUUACAUUUCGUUAAAGAUGAUAAAACACGAUUUGGUUUGGCAUUAGAAUGUGGUAACAUUGAAGUGGCACUUGAAUCAGCCCGUCAAUUAGAUGAUAAACAAUGUUGGGAUUUACUAGCACAAACAGCAUUGAUGCAAGGCAAUCAUCAAGUUGUUGAAAUGUGCUAUCAACGUACAAAAAAUUUUGAUAAAUUAUCAUUCUUGUAUUUUAUCACUGGUAACUUAGAUAAAUUACGUAAAAUGAUGAAAAUUGCUGAAAUUCGUAAAGAUAGUUCUGCUCAAUAUCAAAGUGCAUUAUUAUUGGGUGAUGUUGCUGAACGUGUUAAAAUUUUGAAGAAUUCUGGACAAGAAUCAUUAGCGUAUUUAACAGCUGCCACACAUGGUUUCAAUGAAAUUGCUGAAGAAUUGGGUGAAAGUAUAAAGGCAGCAGAUAUGCCAAUUCCAACGAUUGCACCAAAUGCUAAAUUUUUGAAACCACCUGUACCUGUUCAGCAAGCGGAAUCGAAUUGGCCACUUUUAACUGUCUCCAGGGGAUUCUUCGAUGGUGCGGCAUUAUCGAAAGCUUCAAAAACUGUUAAUGAAGCAUUAGCUGCACAAGAUACUAAUGUUGAAAGUGCAGUUGAUGGAUGGGGUGAUGAUGCUGAACUUGGUUUGGAUUCUGGAGAUGAAAAUGUUCCAGGUGAAACAAUUGGAGCUAGUGGAGGAGAUGCUGAUGAUGGCCCUGGUUGGGAUGUUGAUGAUGAAGAUCUCGAAUUACCAGAGGAUGUAGAUCGUUCGAGUCGAUUAGCAAAUCCAGAAGAUGGUAACUUUUUCAAUCCUCCAGUUAAAGGAGUAUCACAAGCUACAAUGUGGAUGCAAAGCACUUUGGUUGCUGAUCAUAUACUUUCUGGUAACUUCGAAAGUGCAUUCCGGUUAUUAAACCAACAGGUUGGCGUGGUGAAUUUCGAACCCUAUGAAACAUUAUUUAUGAAUAUGUAUAGUCAAUCUCAUACAAGUUUACCAGGAUUACCGUCACAACCAUCAAUGUUUCCAUAUCCAUUACGAAAUUGGAAAGAUGCAUCUCCAAAAGGUGGACUACCAAUAAGCUCAUUAAAACUAUCCGUGCUAGUUCAAAAUUUACAAUUAUGCUAUCAAUUAACAACCGGUGGUAAAUUUGCUGAAGCAAUUGAAAAAUUUCAAAAUAUUUUAUUAAGUAUUCCACUAUUAAUUGUUGAAACAAAACAAGAAAUUUUAGAAGCGAAACAGCUAUUACAAAUAUGUCGAGAGUAUAUAUUAGGUUUGAAAAUGGAAACACUACGAAAAACAUUACCAAAAGCACAAUUAGACGAACAAAAACGUCAAUGUGAAAUGGCCGCAUAUUUUACACAUUGUAAUUUACAGCCUGUUCAUCAAAUAUUAACGUUACGCACGGCAUUAAACAUGUUCUUUAAAUUAAAAAAUUAUAAAACAGCUGGUUCAUUUGCACGCCGAUUGCUAGAGUUGGGACCACGACAAGAAGUGGCACAGCAAGCCCGUAAAAUUCUACUUGCUUGUGAUAAAAAUCCAAUUGAUGAGCAAAAAUUAGAGUAUGAUGAACAUAAUCCAUUCACAUUGUGUGGUAUUUCAUAUGCACCCAUUUAUAAAGGUAAUCCGGAGGAGAAUUGUGCAUUAUGUGAAACAAGUUAUUUACCCGAAUAUAAAGGAAUGUUGUGCAAUGUUUGCAAUGUCGCAGAGGUUGGUAAACGUUGUACUGGAUUGCAUUUAUCAAAUAAAUUUAAUUGAAUAUGUUUUUAUUAUU